AUGUAUGUGUGUUUUUUUAAUGUUUAUGCUCAAAUGUCUGUCAGUCUGUGUUGGUGUCUUGACAGUCUGUGUAGGUGUCUUGACAGUCUGUGUAGGCGUCUUGACAGUCUGUGUUGGUGUCUUGACAGUCCGUGUAGGUGUCUUGACAGUCUGUGUAGGUGUCUUGACAGUCUGUGUAAGUGUCUUGACAGUCUGUGUAGGCGUCUUGACAGUCUGUGUAGGUGUCUUGACAGUCUGUGUAGGUGUCUUGACAGUCUGUGUAGGUGUCUUGACAGUCUGUGUAGGUGUCUUGACAGUCUGUGUUGGUGUCUUGACAGUCUGUGUAGGUGUCUUGACAGUCUGUGUAGGUGUCUUGACAGUCUGUGUAGGUGUCUUGACAGUCUGUGUAGGUGUCUUGACAGUCUGUGUAGGUGUCUUGACAGUCUGUGUAGGUGGCUUGACAGUCUGUGUAGGUGGCUUGACAGUCUGUGUAGGUGUCUUGACAGUCUGUGUAGGUGUCUUGACAGUCUGUGUAGGUGUCUUGACAGUCUGUGUUGGUGUCUUGACAGUCUGUGUAGGUGUCUUGACAGUCUGUGUAGGUGUCUUGACAGUCUGUGUAGGUGUCUUGACAGUCUGUGUAGGUGUCUUGACAGUCUGUGUAGGUGGCUUGUCAGUCUGUGUAGGUGGCUUGUCAGUCUGUGUAGGUGGCUUGUCAGUCUGUGUAGGUAUCUUGACAGUCUGUGUAGGUGUCUUGACAGUCUGUGUAGGUGGCUUGUCAGUCUGUGUAGGUGUCUUGACAGUCUGUGUAGGUGGCUUGUCAGUCUGUGUAGGUGUCUUGACAGUCUGUGUAGGUGUCUUGACAGUCUGUGUAGGUGGCUUGACAGUCCGUGUAGGUGUCUUGACAGUCUGUGUAGGUGUCUUGACAGUCUGUGUAAGUGUCUUGACAGUCUGUGUAGUGCGUCUGUGUAG